CUGCCUUCACGGCGUCCUCCUGUGGCAUAUUGAUCCAGCUACCGAUCGUUAGCUUUUGUGUCAGUAUGUUGUCUGCGUAUGCUCACGAUUUGUCUGUUGUUUCUGGGUAAAUAUACCUGGCAUUCGGUGGCUUUAAUGUUCCGUGCAGGUCAGCUAAAAACCAUCGGCAAAGCGGGAACUGGCUGGCACUUUCACCGGACUAUGGACGAGCUGGUCCAUGACCUGGUGUCAGCACUGGAGGAGAGCUCGGAGCAAGCUGCUCGCGGCGGUUUCGGUGACGGCGGUGACCAUGCUCUGGCGGUGGGCUGUCUGCUGAAGAGGCAGGCUCGGAAACGGAGGGGGCGAAAACGACGCUCGGACAACCCCCAUCCGCCGUGGGAGGCGGGUCACCUCAGUGAGGGGUCAGAGUCCAGCGUGGAGGAGCAUAAGGACUACCGUGCCGGCUCAGGAGGAGUCUCUGCUGCCAAUAGCCACGCCCGGGACAACAGCGACUCCGAUGACCAGCUUGGCCCUAAAAGACGACCCCUUCAUGCUGCUGACCUGGGCCGAAGCAAACGUCCAUUUUGGCCAGACGACCUGGCUGUCCUGGGCUCAGCAGAGGGGACUCGCAGCCUCAGGCGGCGGCGUAAGGUCAAACGUAUGGCUGUUGACCCACCUGCGGACCCAGAGCCACACUCCUCCAUCAUGCUCGGGCCCCCGCCUGUCCCCAAAGCUCGCGUCGGUGGCAGGCCUCACAAACUGAGUGUCUGCGAGGGCAGGGGUGCCCUGGAGCUUUGUGGAGAUGGCCUGAUGGGGUCUGGGGGAGGGAAGAGUCAGGUAAAGAAGAGGAAGUUGGGGACCCUCAGACUGGGAGUGGAAGCUGCAGAUGAGGGGGUGGUGAUUGAAAGUGAAGACCCAGUUUCUCCUCCAGUGGAUGGGUUCAAAGACAAGAUGGAGCUAGAGGAACAAAAGGGCUCAGAUGAGGACAUGAGUGACCGGUGUGAGACCAGCAGUGUGAGUAACAGCAGUGACGGGGGUCUCUAUACAAAUGAUGAGGGGAGGCAAGGCGAUGACGAGCAGAGCGACUGGUUCUAUGAGGCCGACCCGGGGACUAGCUAUGGGCCCGGUGGGGCCUGUGGGAUAGCAGGAGUGGUGCCCUGGUGGGAGAGGGAAACGGCAUCAGAGGAGCUGGACCUCGCCGACCCAGUCUUCAACAGUAUUCUCACGGGAUCUUUUCCACUCUUGAGCCCUGGAGCACAGAGAGGGUUUCAGGCCAGGUUGAGUCGUCUUCAUGGGACCCAGCAGGGAUCUGAAGCGGGGCUGCAUGGAAGCUCCGGUCCAGGCUUCAGCGAAAGGCUGAGCAGACAAGCCCAGGACUCACAUGAACCCUGGUUUAGCUCAGGCUCGAGGAGAGAACACGGACAGUUGCACUGGGACUCGCGUGCAGACAGAGGGCAUCGGAGGACCUGCUCAGUAAAAACAGCAAGCAGACAAACCAGCGGGCACCUUGGUUCUUUGUGCACAGGGGACAUCAAGCGGAGGCGAAAAGCAGCCCCCCUUGGUACCGCUGCCCCCUCAGGUGUGGUUGGUGAGAACGCACCCCCCAUCUCUGACUCCAACAUGGGGAGUCGCAUGUUGCAGAGCAUGGGCUGGAGCCCAGGGAUGGGCCUGGGCCCAGAGGGACGGGGUAUCACCGAGCCCAUCCGAGCUACUCAGAGACCCAAAGGGGCGGGUUUAGGUUUCAACUGAGCAUCCUGUUUUUGACAGGAAGGGAAUUCUCCUCAGGGCCAUUUCUUUUUUUCUUUUUUUUUUAUAAAGGUCCUAUUAAAUCCAGCCAUGUGAGCUCCAAGAAGAGAAGAAGCUCGGAGCAUAACCAAGAGCAUCCGUGACCGAAAGACUUUCCCAUAUUGGGGAAGCUACAAGAAGCCUGAGUUAUCCUUGGAGGACUUCUCGUCAUGUGACUCGCUGACAGAAACUGGGCUGUAGAAACAACUUCAUUUGCUCAAACUCCAUGUUGGAGAUGACACUGAUGGUUUAAUCACGUUACCUCAGGUGUGUGAGGUGUGGAAGCUGACGUACCGAGUGUAAACCGAGAGCAGGGUUCGUUAGCAUUCAGUUUGUUAGCAGUCAGAGGUGUUAGACUGUUAGUGAGACUUGGUUUGUCCAACUUUGCACAAGUUUUAGAAUCAAAGGUUUGACUAGGCCAUACACCAUUUUUUUUUUUUUAUAUAAUGAAGUUAGGUUCCACUUAAUUGCUGUUAGGUUUUUACUCUUCGUGUAACGGAGGAAGUCACGUCAGGAAACCGUUUUUUAUUUCACCCCAAACGAUAAUAUAAAAAUCCAAAUCACAGUUUUUGCUGCAUGUGGUCUUACUGUACAUGUAUUUGCUGCUGGAGCUGCUGCACAUUUCUGCUGCAGCUUAACAAGAAAAUACUCCUCUGUACAUGUGAUUUAGUGUUUUUAUUUUAUGAUUUGUUUUGUUUUUCUCCAGAUGAUUCCCAGAUUACAUUUGUAGCUAAGAAAAGUGACAUUUUACACUUUAUAUUGAGGUGUUGGGGCAUAUUUGGAUGCAG